GAUUUCGGCAAGGCCAUCGGCAUCCACAAGGAUGCAGACAUCCCCAGCAAGAUCAAGAAGUGGCAGACCGAGGGCGGCGGGAUGAUACCAGUUGACGACCCGGCCGCGGGCGCAGUCACCGAGGACGAGAGCACGGAAGCGGUGGAUGCGAUCGCGACGGCAAAAGGAAAGAUGAAGGAGAAGGAGAAGGAGAAGGCGGCAGAGUCACCGAAACCGAAGAAAGCUGCGGCUGCCGAGGCCGCGAGCCCGGCGCGGUCGCCGAAGAAGCUGGCGCAUAACAAGCUGGAUGAGGAUGUGCGGAUUGCGAGCGCGCCGAAGAAGCUGGCGCAUAACAAGCUGGAUGAGGAUGUGCGGAUUGCGAGCGCGCCAAAGAAGAGGGUCGUGAGUGACUCGAACUGGCGGAAGAACAAGAGCCCGCCGAAGGACGGGGCCGCUGCGAGGCCGGAUGUGAAACUGCCUGUGGGAUGGGUAAGGCCGGCUGUGAAACAUGUCUCUCCUACGAAGCCGAAAGUCGAGGCGAGGCCGCCGCCGAUUAAGAUCACGCCGAGGAUUGUGAGGACGCGGACGGCGGUGAGGAGGAAAUCGCGGCCUGGGAGUUCGGGGAAUGAGGAGAGGCCCAAGACGAGUGGAUCGGAUAGCGUGAUUGCGGAGAAGAGUGACAGUUCGCCGGCUUCGCCUUGUGCGGCGGAGAAGAAAGAGGCUGUGAAGUUGCGAGGUGGGGAUGGGAGAAUCAGGUCUCCGAGAGUGUAUCUGUCUGCUGACGAUGAGGCUCCAGUUAAGCGGAGAUCGAGUCGUCGAGUAGAUAGAUCACCGACAGAAGAAGCUAUUCAUGACGACACACCUCCAGAGAAGUCUCCGGCGUUCGAUAGCCCCUUGGCAAGCGGGUCACGACGAAGACGACGUUCAGGCGGCCAUAAGAUAGAGCAAACGCUCAGAGAGUCAGAGGAGCCAACAGAAGAUCCACCAUCUACAGAACGGAGACGACUACGGAAGAAAUCCUAUCAAAUAGACGUGCCGGAUGUGGCACGACCACCAGAACCAGAGGUAGCACCAGAGACUCCUCCCAAGGUAUACGGAAAUCGCAUAGAGGCAUGGCUAACAACAACCCCCGACCCAUUUCUGGACUCCGAGACCAAGUCGCGAAGAAGUUCAAAGAGCACCGUUUCUACGUCAGACGUGUCACGGCCGAAGACUGAAGUUUCCUCGUUCACAGAGAGCUCAAUCUCAAGGGAAGAGUCCGUCCUUGAGAAACCAGAUCGAGCAAGCAGCAGCAGGAGGCGAGCGCGGACUCGGACCAUCACCGUGGAUACUCGGGAUAUGGAUGACAGGACCUCGUCACACCCUUCAAUCGCCCCAUCCGAAAUCACAGAUUCUGCCGCUGGCGGCGACGGCACUCCAAGCCCUUCUCUAAAACGAAGAGGCGCAAAGCGCAGCUCUCAAUCACCUACCAAAAACAGGUCGAAGUCCCUAUCAUCUCGGGAUCCCCCGACUGUUGUAGACACUGAAGAUGAGGUGUCAGUCGCUCCUUCAUCAUCCGUCGACGCUUCCACAUUCCAGCUGCCGGACCUUCCCAUCAGAUCAAGACCGCAGACCUUAGCGCUCAAACGCCACUUUCCCACGAGGGGAAAGCGCUUGUCAACCAUUGCCUCCGUAGAAACAUUUGCCACAGAAAUGCAAGCCGCACCUCCCUCCGAAACCGAAGGCUCAGAAGCCACCGUCCAACCGGAACCCAUCUCCGAAAACAUAGACGGGUCGGAAUCUCGAGACACAGUCGACCUAGAGUCCCUCGUUUCGCUCAAUCGCCGUGGUACUUCGAAAAGAAAGCUCGCCAGCCAUGCGGACUUGAUCUCUGUGCUGUCUCUCCCCAGGGGUGGCUCGAAGAGCAUUGUCUCAGCUCGAAGCAUCCGAACGAACCGGAGUCGCCUCGCAACUGCCACCAUCGGGGACAUCAUGAACGAGUUGGCUUCAGACGAAGCCAAGUAUAUGCGCGAACUCCGCACUCUCGUCGACGGUGUGAUACCUGUCCUUCUCGCCUGCGUUCUUUCCAAGUCGGACGCCGCGGUUGCCGCAGGCCUUUUCAGCAAAUCCGCGUUGAAGAGCGAGCCAAAUGUUACGAGACCGAUAGUCGACAUGGGCGUUUCUCUGGAGCGACUGAAGGCUUUGCACAGACGAAUCCCCAAGGAAGAGCCUGACGCCCUUCUUUCAUGGGCCCAGAGCGCCCAGCGAAUUUACUCGGAUUACGUCAAGGCAUGGCGCCUCGGCUUCCAAGAUGUCGUUGUCAAUCUAGCUCCUGCUGACGAGGGCACAUCAUCUGCGUCUGGGUCCGGCAAGGCACCGGAGGAUGCAGUGUGGGACGAAGGUAUGCCGCGGAAUGAGGAAGGCUAUGUCGUCAAUGGUGAUGGCGAGAGGGUUGAUGUUGCCUUCCUGCUGAAGAGGCCUCUAGUUCGGCUGAAGUAUCUGGCCAAGACCUUCAAGGGAAUCAACCAUGUCAAGCAUUCGCUGCAAGCAGAAAAGAUGUCGAUGGCUUUCCAGGAGCUAGUCAACGACGCCCGUAAACGAUCGAACGAAGAGCGAGCGCGACUCGAAGAUGAAGCCGCGUCAAACAUUGACCCGACGAGAGCUCGUGAUCCACGCAGCUUGGCGCCGUUGGCUGGCGUGAAGAUUGAUUCGAUGCGAUGUGUGAGGGCAAGAGAUUACUUCGACAUGCAUCUACCACACUCUAGUGGCCAGGAGGUGGACUGUCGAGUCGAGCUGCUGAUCAGAGACGAUGCCCCUGGGAGAGGUACCAGCGGGGACGUCCUUCUCUGCGAAGUCGAUGAGUCGGGUCGGUCGCUGUUCUUUCCUCCCAUCCAACUUGGCCGCAUAUCUGCUCGAAAUGGGGACCAGAAGGGCGAGAUCAUAGUAAUGAUGCGAGGAUUUAACACCGCUGGGCAUGAGUGGAACGAAGUCUUCUCACUGAUCUCCAACGACGAGCAAGCUGGAUUUGAAUGGGUUCAGAUGCUUGGACUUCAGCCGGUUCCCCCUCAAAUCACAGAAAUUAAGACGGAGCGAAGUUUCAUCAGUAAGGCGCGCAGACCGCCAAGCAGCCAUGCUUCGUCAUCUCUCGUCUCUGCCGCCACCGGAUCGACUAUCCCCAUCAAGAGCAGAACCCCCAGUCCCCGCGAAGUUGAAGUACCCUUUGGCGAGCGAGCAAAUCCGACGUCGAAGAAGUGGGAUUACAGUACUCCAGACAGGCCGGGCAGCAGGGCAUCUCCAGAGAUUUCUCCAGUCACUCCCCCAAGCAGUGAGCAUUCGAAAACCAGAGCGCACACCAAAGCAAGUCCAGUGUCUCCGCCUUCGCCCUUAUCCCAACGUCAAGACGCCCAAUCGGAUCGAGAUAUACUUCCCUCGUCGAGACCUAAAACUCGGGAAGGUGAACUUAACCUGGACCGGACACCUAAAAGCUUGAACGAUGCGAUGAUGAUGGCCGGAACUGGCUCGCCGGUUGCUCUUAAGCGAACUAAGGCGAAGAGGGUGUCUCGUCAUGCUACUCAGUCGCCAAGCUCUCCAAAGGAAAUGUUCAUUGAUCAUGAACCUGCUGCAGCAGAUAUCAAACCAUUGAGGAAACCGUCUCGUCGACAGCCAGCGGAGCCACCUUACACCCCCACAUCAUCUUCGAUAUCGCAAAAUAGCAAAGGCUUCAGCGUCUGGAUGCCAUCUUCGGAACCAGAGUAUUCGGAUGAGUCCGAUGAAGAAGAUAUGCAUCCAAUCAAGCCUGCUCUGGGACCACCCGUGCGGCCUCAACCGCAUCGACGUGCGUCUUCGACUCGACGACGAUCAUCCUCACCGCUGAAGCACGAGUAUGAGCCGUCUACUGCUACGGAGUCGUCCGGGGAAAGUGAAGGAGAGAUUGUGGACAACGACUCCCUCACAUCAGACUCGUCAGAAGAUGAGCUCGAAGAUGACAUUCCGAUGCCGAUGCUACCAAGGACUGAACAACCUAAAUUUCCCAAAGUUUCUCCACCAGCUUCUAUAUACAGUCUGCCCAACGGGACAAUAUCACCGUCGCAAUCUGCUUCUAACACACCGUAUCGAGCCGUUCCACAAGGCUCAGGAAAAGCUUCGAAGGCAAUUGCGUCCAUAACGUGUUGGUCCAAUGAAACAGGCAAGUGGGAAAGUCUUUAUCCUGAUGAAUGCAGCAUUGUUGUUACGCCAGGCAAGAUUGAGGCAUACGAGCUUACGGCAGCGCACUCCAAACCACUUUUGGCUGAUGGAGACGAGAUCAUCAACUCUAAUGGAAAAGGACCACUCGUCUGCCAAGAGGUCACGCCGUUAGUGAUACUCCGAAAAGGUACUGCUAUCGACAUAACUGUCAAGUCACUUCCAACCUCCGAAUCGCGUCUCAAGUGCGGAGAACAGAUCAUGUACAGGAGCCGUAAUCCAGAAGAGUGUGAUGCACUCUACAACAUGAUCAACAUAUCUCGCUGCAACAAUCCUACUUGGAUAGCUCUCCAACAAGCCAGAGGUUCCUAUGGCCAAGGCUCUACCUGGGCUGCCGCAGUGGACCGCCAAAAUGCAGCUCGCUCCACAACUGGCUCUCAGGGCGCUUGGUGGAACCUUAAUGGCACCCUCGGCCGCCGCAGUUCUUACCGCGCCUCCAGCACCCGCGCCGCUUCCAUCUCCGCAGUUUCCGAUUCCUCCGUUGGCACCAUGACUUCCGCCUUCUCAGCCCUCAAGCGCUUCAGCGGCAGCAGCCGUCUCUUCAAUGUCGCCAAAUCUACCAUCAGCUCCCGUGACAGCGGCGGCAGCACAGGCAGCCUCGACUCUGGCUCCGCGGGCUCGGGCUCUGGCACCAACACGCCAAAUCCGGACGGCACGCCUCGAGCUCCCGGCGCCCCUCAGGGCAUCACGAAUACCAAGAUUCGCCUUUAUGAGCGGGAGUCUCUCAAUAGCUGGCGCGAUAUGGGCUCCGCGCGCCUCACGAUCAUGCUGCCGGAUCCCAACACGCCGCGCUCGGCGACGCGGCAGGGGCAGGGCAGUCCUGGGCUUAGGCAGCAUGGGAGCGAGAAGCGGAUUGUGAUUGUGGGCAAGGCGAUGGGUGAGAUGCUGAUGGACGUUACGCUCAGCGAAAGCUGUUUUGAGCGGGUCGCUAGAACGGGAAUUGCGAUUAGUGUGUGGGAGGAUGUUAUGGGGCCGAGUGGGGUGGGGACUGUGGGUGCCGUGGGAGGAGUGUCCGGGGCUAGGGCGAGGGUUUAUAUGGUUCAGAUGAAAACGGAACGCGAGUGCGCGUAUUCGUACUCGCUACUUGGGAAACUGAGGUAUUGA